UUAUCAAUUAGAUGAAUGCUUUUGUUGGAAGGACAACUUGGAGAUACAAUUAAUACAGGAUCACAUAUAUGAAAGAGACAACUCCAACCUACAUUAUACCAUGAAUUAUGGGCUAUAGCCUUGCUACUCUAGGGAUGUAAAACUCCAAGACUAUGUUGCUAGCUAAAAAUGGUAAAAGGAUCACUUAUUCUUGGAGCAAAUCUCUCCUCUGAUCCUCUCCAGAUUCAAUGGCCCCAUUAACCAAAGGAAAGCUUGUCUUCUUCUUUCCCUCUAUACUUCUCGGAGUUCGAUCCCCAUGAAGCUCCAAGCAAUUGUGGCAGCCAAGUGCAUCUUGAGGACCCUGCCAAGUUACACAAAAAAAGGGAUUAGCAUAGACUCAUAGUUUGGGAAAUAGGGGGAGACCAAACCAAAAUGUGGGAGGGGACAAGAUGAGCUAAACAAGAUAGCUAAGAACCCAAAUCAAAGCUGUAAGAGUCAGCCAAUCUGUUUUUUUCAAGGUAUCAUCAAAGAGGGAAUCAGACCAAAAGGGCCUCGGCAAAGUGAGCUUAUCACCGAGCUCAUUAGAGCAAAGAGCAAACUCAACCCCAAGGCUUGCAUCAAUUAAGUAUGAUCCCUAUAAUCAUAAAGCUCAAAAGGGGAUGAGCUUGUAGCAAAAAAUGGGAAGCACAAUAUACAAGGAGUAGGUCCUCCAAGAAUUUCACAAAUUUCGCAAGAAGGCUUUUUAGCUCAACUCAAAAAGAGAAGUGAGUUGUUAGCUCAAAAUAGAAAGUGGAGCUCUCCAAUGCCUUACACCAAUUUAGGCAUAGAAGCUUUAAGCUCAAAUUCAAAAGUGAAGGAAUCUUUAUCCCAAAUUAGACACAAAAAUGCCAAGGAGUUUUGGCUAUAAAUACCAGCCCACCACCACCUCCUUCCUCACACCUCUCUAAAUUCACAAAUCACAAGAAGUGCAGCAAGAGAGGAGGGAGUGGCGGCGAGCUUAAGGGCAGUCCGGCGUUCGAAGGAGUCAUCGAGAAAGAGAAGGCGGCAAAUGUCAAAUUCUGCAAAUACAAUAGCGGCAAAUGGAAAUUUGAAUGCCCUAAUUGGAGAUUUCAUUGUUAAAUAGCAGAGAAGCAUUCAUAUUCAAUAACAACAACCACAUUAAUUGAUGCAAAGCUCAUUGAAUGGGGGAUUCAAGGCGCAAUGAGGUCAGGCGUGGAGGAGGAGGCAACAGUCAAGGUACGCCUAGUUUGAAUACAUCCGGACAUAAAUUGAUUUAAUGUUGAAUUUAUUUUAGUCAUUUUUUUGCCGAUUUUCAGCUAUGGGAAGAGGGCGGUCCUCCGCGGUCAAGGCCACGGUGACCGCUCUCGGAGGGCAUGGAGCGACAGGGAGGAGAUGCACUUCAUAGCGUCUCUGAAAGAGUUGGUUGCUACUGGAUGGAAGGCCGACAAUGGAUUCAGAUCUGGGUAUCUCUUCAAGUUGGAAGAAUCCAUGCGCCGCGAGUUUCCCAACACUGAUUUGAGGGUCAGCCCCCACAUCUCCUCGAAGCUUCACACUUGGAAAAAGUUUUACUCUGCUGUGUCCUCAAUUCUGGAAAGAAGUGGUGUUGGGUUCAACAACCACGGCGACUUCAAGAUCGACUGUGACGAGCAUGUUUGGAGUGAAAUAAUCAAGGCUGACAGUGGUGCUCGUUUUCUUCGUUACAAGUCGUGGCCGUAUUAUGCUGACUGGAAGAUGGUGUUCGGGAAGGAUCGGGCUACCGGCAACAACGCACAAGAUACUGACCGUGCAAAUGAAAUUUGUGUCUCUGGAUCUCGUGAUUCCAACAACCCCGGCGCGUAUGCAAGCCAACCGGAAGGAGAAGAUGACUACGCCGGAGUGGGUUUGAAUGACCGUGGCCCCCUGACGAGCAGACCGACAGUGUCUAUAGCAAUGCAGUGGACAGCGAGCGUCGUGGAGCAAGGAAGCGUAAAAGGGGUGAUGCACUUGAUGGUCUCAUCGACGUCUUAGGCAAACUGCACGAGGACACAAAUGCAAGGCUUGAUCGUCUGUCGGAUCGCAUCGGGUAUGAGUUUGACGUGACAAAGGCGAGGAAGGAGGUUUUCCAGAUGAUGGGUCUUAUUCCAGGGCUCACCUUGUCUCAAGUUUUCAUUGCCUCCGACGCUAUACUUGCGAGGGUUGAGCGGCUCGACUACUUCAUGAGUCUGCCGGAGGGAGCACGCCAACCCUAUGUGUGGCAUGCGCUUGAGCAUUACACUAGCAACUAGUAUGGCAUGGUCGUGGUUUGUGCUGGGGUUAUGAUUGGGUAUGAUCUAGUCUUUUGUCGAACUAAGUAGUCUUUUGUAGUACUAAGUAGUGGCUUGUCUAACUAAUUAGGCCACAAUCAAUAGACACGUUAUAGUGUGUUCUUUUUUUUGUAAUGUGAAUAUGGUAUGCAUUGUAGGCCACUACUAAUGGAUUAUGGUUAGCUUACUUGAU